AUGGGGAAGCUAAGGGAAACCUUGACUUCCAUUUUAAGAAUGCCUGCCAGAUUAGAAAUAGAAAGGGUGGAGGAAAUUCUUACUGUACCAGCAACAUCUCAUGUUAGAGAAGGGGAUAUAAAGAUGUUUCUCACCUGCAAACCCCCAACUUUUUCUGGAGAAAGAGAUCCAAUAAAAGCAUUACAUUGGAUCAAGGAAAUUGAAUUUGUCUUCAAUACUAUUAGAUGUCCAGAGGCUGAUAAAGUUAGAUUUGCUGUUGCUAUGUUGAAGUCUAAUGCUAUGUUCUGGUGGGAAGUGGAGUCUUUGGCCAGACCAGAUAUGCUGCAGAACCUAUCUUGGACAGAGUUUGUGAAUAGAUUUAAAGAGCAAUUAUGUCCUAAAACAGCAAUCAGGCAAAUGGAGGAAGAUUUCCUCAAGCUGGAGCAGGGCUUUGGGGCAGUCAGAGCCUACACAGAAAGGUUUAUUGAAUUCUCCAGGUUURYUGAACAUUAUAUUGCUACUGAAGCAAGGAAAGUGGAGAGGUAUAUUUGGGGACUUAAGCCCUCAAUAAGAGAAUUGGUGAUUGCUAUGAAUCCUACCACUUUUCCUGUAGCAGUUGAUGCUGCAGAGGUUACUGAAAGGAAUAAGAAUAGGAGUGAGGAAGGGAAGGUUGUAGAAAAGAGGAAAUGGGAGGGAUCAUCAACUGGCUACAGAGGAUCAAAGGCUGCUAAAUUCUACAAGAAACCAAUGCAGAGGCAGAUGGAGAGAGCCUGCCCAAGAUGCAAACAGGUUCAUCAAGGUAGUUGUAGACCUGAACCAUUGAAAUGUUUUAACURUGGAGAAAUUGGGCACACCUCAACCUACUGUAGGCAGAUCAGAAGGUGUUUCCAUUGUAAUUCACCAGACCAUGUUAAAGACAAGUGUCCACAGCURAAACCACCACAACUAACUUUGGGAAACAAUGCUCCAAACAACAGARGAAGKCCUGGUGWUAAUAGGGGAGGAUUUGGUAAAGYUCAAGGCAGAUCCUUCCAAAUGACUGAAACUGAGGYAGAAGMUGCACCAGAUGUGGUAACAKGUACUUUCUCAAUCAACUCAGUAUGUGCUAAGGUGCUUUUUGAUUCAGGUGCAAAWUUUUCAUUUGUAUCUCCUUUAUUUGCUAAAAGUGCCUGCAUGAUCCCAAUAUUACUUGAUAAAAAGCUGAUAGUUGAGACUGCAAACAGUCAAGAAACUAUAGCUUCUGUAUACCAAGAAUAUGCCAUCAUUAUUGAAGGUUGUAAGCUACCCAUCUGUUUGUUCCCAAUGCCAAUGAAGGAAUUUGAUGUAGUGGUGGGGAUGGACUGGUUAGCUAGUAACCAGGCAUCCAUUUUGUGCAACCAAAAGAGAGUGAAAAUAGAGCUUCCAAGCAAAGGAACAGUCAUAAUAAAGGGUGAUCACCAGGAUCAUCAUCCCAGUCUUCUAUCAGUAUCACAGGCUCAUAGUUGUAUGAAAAAGAAGUGCCAAGGAUUCUUGGCCUAUGUGAUUGAUACAAUCAGAGAAAUAGCAAAACCAGAAUCUAUUCCUGUUGUCAAAGAAUAUCCUGAAGUCUUCCCAAAUGAUCUGUCUGGUCUUCCACCAGACAGGGAUGUGGAAUUCAAAAUUGAACUCACACCAGGGGCUGCACCCAUAGCAAAAGCUCCUUACAGACUAACCCUAUCUGAAUUAAAAGAGUUGAUGUCUCAGCUAAAGGACUUGCUUGAUAAAGGGUCCAUAAAGCCAAGUACAUCACCAUGGGGAGCACCAGUUCUGUUUGUAAAAAAGAAAGAUGGAACAAUGAGGAUGUGUAUAGACUACAGGGAACUUAACAAAGUCACAAUCAAAAACAGGUAUCCCUUGCCUAGAAUUGAUGAUUUGUUUGAUCAACUAGUUGGGGCAAACUUCUUCUCAAAAAUUGAUCUACGAUCUAGUUAUCACCAAUUGAAAGUCAGAAAUGAAGACACACCUAAAACAGCUUUUAGAACAAGCUAUCAUUCCAGCAUUAAGGCAGCCCCAUAUGAAGUUCUGUAUGGGCGCAAAUGUAGAACUCCUGUAUGCUGGAAUGAAGUAGGUGAAAGACAGUUAACAGAACCAGAAAUUGUGUAA